CUCGGAAGAGGUGCAGCCGGAAGGGGUGAGUCUGAUUGGUAGGGCGUGGCGGACUGUGUACGACGAACAUGGCGGAGCGCGCGAGGAAGCGGCCCUGUGGCCCGGGUGAACAUGGCCAAAGAGUGGAGUGGCGAAAAUGGAAACAACAGAAAAAAGAGGAGAAAAAGAAGUGGAAGGAUCUCAAGAUGACGAAAAAACUGGAGCGGCAGCGGGCGCAGGAGGAACAGGCAAAGCGCCAGCAGGAGGAGGAGGCAGCUACACAGAGGGAGGACCAGGGGCGGCACUACACCCUGAGCGUGGCCCUGCCAGGCUCCAUCCUGGACAAUGCCCAGUCGCCCGAGCUUCGCACCUACCUGGCCGGCCAGAUUGCCAGAGCCUGUGCCAUCUUCUGUGUGGAUGAGAUUGUGGUGUUCGAUGAAGAAGGCCAAGAUGCCAAAACUGUGGAGGGGGAAUUCAGGGGAGUUGGCAAGAAAGGGCAGGCGUGUGUGCAGCUGGCCCGGAUCCUGCAGUACCUGGAGUGUCCACAGUACCUAAGAAAGGCAUUCUUCCCCAAGCAUCAGGAUCUACAGUUUGCAGGGCUCCUGAACCCCUUGGACAGCCCUCACCACAUGCGUCAGGAUGAGGAAUCCGAGUUCCGAGAGGGCGUUGUGGUGGACCGGCCCACACGGCCAGGCCAGGGCUCCUUUGUCAACUGUGGCAUGAAGAAGGAGGUGAAGAUUGACAAGAACUUGGAGCCUGGACUUCGGGUAACAGUGAGACUAGACCAGAAGCAGCUCCCAGAAAGCAAGACCUAUCGUGGAAAAGUCGUGUCGUCGCAGGACCCUCGCACCAAAGCUGGUCUCUACUGGGGCUACACAGUCCGCCUGGCCUCCUGCCUCAGUGCUGUGUUUGCUGAGGCCCCCUUCCAGGAUGGCUAUGACCUGACCAUCGGGACAUCAGAGCGAGGCUCAGAUGUGGCCUCUGCCCAGCUUCCCAACUUCAGGCACGCUCUCGUUGUGUUUGGGGGCCUCCAGGGGCUAGAAGCUGGCGUGGAUGCUGACCCCAACCUGGAGGUGGCUGAACCCAGUGUCCUCUUCGACCUGUACGUCAACACCUGCCCCAGCCAGGGAAGCCGCACCAUCCGCACAGAGGGCUGUCCUGAGCCUGCCUUCUCUAGAGAGGUCUCACCCCCUCGGCCUCCUACCAUGGCAGAAUUGCAGCAGGGACGAGUUAAGAGCGAGCUGGGAGUCAAGAAUCUUGGGUGCUGGUGUCCGUUCAACUGCUCCCGGACUGGAAGACCCAGGACGACCUUGCCUGCCCCUGCUCUGGGCCCGUUUCCUUGGCUGAGGCCAUCCUCAUCUCCCUGGCUGCCCUGCAGCCUGGUCUCACCCAGGCAGGAGCCCGGCCCAGCUGAAGGUUCUGUCAGGCCAAAGAUGGCAAAGGAGCAGCAGUGAAGCCAGAGGUUCCCAGGAGUCACCUGAGACUGAUGCAGCCAAGGCUUGUCUCCAAAAAUAAACACCUUUAACUUGACCCAGCCCCAACAACCCCACAGUCUGGCUGGGGCUGCCCCUUACUUGCUGCCUGCAGUGAUGGCCUUAAGGUUGCUGGUCCGUGCUAGGAUAUUUGGCACAAAGAGCAGCCCCGAGGCCCGCUCAAUGCUCUCGAUGGGCACCAGGAAGCGCUCCAGCGGGAUUGCCUCAUCCACAGGCGCGUUGGGCAUCACAUAGGAGCGGAGUUCGAUCUGCCCGCCUGCUGCCUCCAGGAUCAGCACCUUGAAGAAGUGGGUGGGCACCGCCACGUGGUUCUUGCCAAUCACCUGGUACUUCACGUAGGACUUCCCGUCAGCCUCCGUCCUGUGGGCAGACCCAGGCACACAAGGCCUUUCAAGGCUUCUUUGGUCGGACACAAGGCCUCCUCCUUCAGGAAGCCUUCCCUGACUCAACCUCCAACUUGGGUCAACCUGCAAGACCACCCGCUCAGCAUGAGGCUUCUCUGCCCUGCUUGGCUCCCCCAGGAGGCUGGGAGCUUCCUGCAGGGUAGAGACUCACUCUUACCCUCUUUUCCUCAUGUCCAACACUGGGUCAGGCAGAGUGGGUGGUGGCAAUAAAUGCUGCAGAAGGAA